GCAGAGCACACAGUCGCAUCCCGACAUCCUCAGCGAACGCAGCCGCACACACAUACACACAUAAACAACUCGCACACUUCGGCUCCGGGAUAAAAAGAAGAGUUGCAUUCUGUAUUGUACAGGCUCCGCGAGUGCUUCAGGUAAACAAACAAUUCGCGUUUUUCCUUCAAUCAGACUUGCUGUCGAGAAGUUGCCGCGGAAAAUGUGGUAGUGUUCGAUCGGAGUUGGGUAGUUUUCCGAGGAAAAUUUUUGUUCCACAGACUGGGGAAGGCUCCUCGAGAGCCGAAACGAGGACGGGCGAUGAUUUUAGAAAAAAUCGUGUUAGUGGUAUGUUUCCUCGCGACCAACAUAGAAGCUAGCAGACAUAGAAAUCUACAUAUAGAUAGAUCACAUAACGUCACAGCGGAUCUUCACCAUAUUCCACCAGGAGGUCCAAAUUUAUGUCGAUCAAGGACGAGAUCGUAUUGCUGUCCAGGAUGGCAAAGGCACAAUAUUUUAGGAUUAUGUAUUAUUCCAAUUUGUUCUAGAAGUUGUGGUCAUGGACAGUGUGUAUCGCCGAAUGUCUGUCUUUGCGACGGUGAACAUAGAUCAUCCAUGUGUGGUCCUGGAACCAAACAAAUUCAAGGUUUGGAUGGAAAAUCAUGUCGAGCCAUUUGUAUGAAUGGAGGUACUUGCACUGAUGGAAAAUGUAUUUGCGCCACCGGGUAUAGCGGAGAAUUCUGCACGGAUCCAAUAUGUGAGGAACCCUGCCGAAACGGAGGAAGGUGUAUAGGACCGGAUAGAUGCGCUUGCUUUUACGGAUUUUCGGGGAAUCACUGUGAAAUUGACUUUAGGACAGGACCUUGCUAUACCGGCUAUAGAGGGAAUUUGUGCGUUAACCAACUAGAAGGCGUCGUUUGUACAAAAACCCUAUGUUGUGCAACUGUUGGAAAGGCGUGGGGUCACCCUUGCCAACAUUGCCCUUCGAGAUUAGAAUGUGAAACGGGUUUUCUAAAAAAUCUCAAAACUGAAGAAUGUGUUGAUAUCAAUGAAUGCGAGGCGAUUCCACAUCUCUGCAUGGGCGGUACCUGCAUCAAUUCAGUGGGUUCCUUUACAUGCGAAUGUCCUCCAGGACAAACCAGAAAUCCCGCAACAAACCGCUGCGAGGACAAAGAUGAAUGUGAAGAGGAGGAUGUUUGUCAUGACGGAAGAUGCGUCAAUACUAAUGGUGGUUUCAUUUGCCUGUGCAAUCCAGGUUUCAUCCAAAGUCAAGAUAAAACGUAUUGCAUUGAUGGUCGUCAAGGAUUGUGCUACACUCACAGGUCGCCUCAAGGUUUCUGCAGCAAUAGUUUACAAAUGCGAUUGUCAAAGAAGGACUGUUGCUGUGGAGUAAACAUGGGGCAAGGCUGGGCAAUGUACAGUGGAGAAGAAUGUAUAGCUUGCCCAGAAUAUGGCGAAGAGGAACAUCGAAAAUUGUGCGAAGCCCCUUCCCAUCCGAUACCAACUCACCCGAGCGGCCAUUUCGACCUUACACCUGGAAAAAUACCUGACGGUGGUAACCAAGUGGGGCAAAUCAGCGUCAAUGAAUGUAUACUGAGACCAGAAAUUUGUGGACAAGGAAAAUGCGUAGAUACUAUUCAAGGUUAUGAUUGUAUUUGUGACCCUGGAUAUCGGUUAAAUUCGCAACAAGUUUGCGAAGAUAUCGAUGAAUGCAGGGAAGGGAAAUGCAUAAAUGGUAGAUGUACCAAUUUGCCCGGUAGCUUUUCUUGUCUUUGUCCACCUGGCUUCGACGUUUCUCCAGAUGGAACGAUAUGUACAGAUCACGAUGAAUGUUCGGAGAUAGGAAUGUGCACUAACGGAAUUUGCAUCAAUAUGGAUGGUAGCUUUAAAUGCCAAUGCAAACCUGGUUUCAAACUUUCACCGACCGGAUUUGCUUGCACGGAUAUUGAUGAGUGUUACGAAAAUCCCAGAAUAUGCUUGAACGGAAGAUGCCAGAAUACACCAGGCUCAUACAACUGCGCUUGUUUGCCAGGUUUCGUUGAAUCUGACGAUAGAACCUUUUGUAGCGAUUUAGAUGAAUGCUCUUCAACGGGUAUGUGCGAUCAUGGAAAAUGUAUUAACAUAGAAGGUUCCUUUAGAUGCGUCUGUGAUUCUGGCUAUCGACUAGGUGCUGAUGGCAGGCAUUGCGUUGAUAUAGAUGAAUGCAUUAAUAACCCUUGUCAAUUUGGUUCUUGUUACAAUACUCCAGGCAGCUUCAGAUGCGAAUGUCAUCCAGGAUUUAGUCUAGGUCCAGACGGUAGGUCAUGUUUAGAUACCAGAAGAGAUCUGUGUUAUCAAGAAUACCGCGACGGUUUGUGCUUCAAUCCAUCCACCACAGCCGUUACAAAAUCUAGUUGUUGUUGCUGUACCAUCAUAUCAGGCAAACCGAUGGGCUGGGGAACCACUUGUCAGCCUUGUCCGAUGCCUGGAAGCACCGACUUCGAUUUGUUAUGCCCUCAUGGUCCAGGAUCUACAUUUGAUGGUAACGACAUCAACGAAUGUGCACAAAAUCCGAAUAUCUGCCUAAACGGCGCCUGCGAGAAUAUGAUAGGAACUUACAGGUGCAUCUGUAAUCCAGGUUUUGAAGUCGACGAAACGGGAAAAAUAUGUACAGACAUUAACGAAUGCGAAGUGGAAGAAUUGGUUUGCAGCGGCGGGCAAUGCAGAAACACGCCGGGCAGUUUCCAAUGCAUAUGUCCCACGGGAACGCAGAUGAAUCCGAAGAACUUCGUGUGCGAAGAUAUAGAUGAGUGCAGAGAAUUGGGACCCGAAGCGUGCUUCAACGGCGAAUGCGUCAAUAUCCACGGAUCGUACAAAUGCGAAUGCGACGACGGCUCCAUACUAGACAAUACCGGAAGAAUUUGCAUCGAUAACCGAAAAGGAUCUUGUUGGACGACACUGAACAGAGGUCGCUGCGAGAACGACUUGCCUCAGCUAAGCAGGCGGUCGGAAUGCUGCUGCUCCGUUGGUGUUGCUUGGGGAUCUCCUUGCGAAAGGUGCAACAGAAACGAAUGCGACUGUCCCAAGGGUUACGCCAAAGCAGACGGCAAGACUUGCACUGACAUCAACGAAUGCGAUCUGAAUCCGGAUAUCUGCAGGGGUGGCGGUACUUGCGUAAAUACCGAUGGAAGUUUCACAUGCAGCUGCCCACCUGGAUUAACUUUAGACGAAACCAGGACUAAAUGCUUGGAUAUACGACAGGAGCAAUGUUAUACCAGAUAUAAAUUUGGAAAAUGCACGAAUUCGAUCGAAGGCUACUUCCACAAGAGCUUGUGCUGUUGCACUCAAAUCGGUAAAGCGUGGGGAGAUCGAUGCGAAGCGUGUCCCAGACAGGGAACUGCGGCUUUCAACGAACUGUGUCCCAAAGGAUUGGGUUUCUUGGAUAAAAAAGACAUAAACGAAUGUACGGACUUUCCCGGUAUUUGCCAAAACGGCAGAUGCAAAAACACUGUAGGCGGAUACAGCUGCAAGUGCAAUAAGGGUUACGAUUUUGAUGAGAACCGAAUUAAAUGCAUUGAUAUCGAUGAAUGCAAUUUAACAACUGAAAAUGUUUGUGGAAACGGCGUUUGCAAAAAUACACCGGGAGAUUUUAUUUGCGAGUGCAAUGAAGGAUUCCGAACAAUGGCUCCGAUGCAAAUUUGUAUGGAUAUAAAUGAAUGCGAUGAAAUUCCUGGAUUGUGUAGAGGUGGCCUCUGCAUUAACACGGAAGGUUCCUACAAAUGCGAAUGCCCGCCGGGUCACGAAUUAUCUCCAGACAAAAAAUCCUGCAAAGACAUAGACGAAUGUUCCAGAUCCAGCGGUAUUUGUUCGAAUGGUGUGUGUGAAAAUAUGAUGGGAACCUACCAGUGCAUUUGCGACGAUGGGUACAGACAAACAGGACUAAAAUCGCAUUGCGAAGAUAUUGACGAGUGCGAAGAGGAACCUUGCGAUGAUAUUUGCGUAAAUACACCCGGCAGCUACGCUUGUGCUUGCGGUACCGGUUACAUCCUCAACUUCGAUGGAAGGACGUGCGCCGAUAUAGACGAAUGUAAAGAGAAUCCAAGAAUCUGCAACGGUGGAAGAUGCACGAACACAAUAGGCAGCUAUAUUUGUCACUGCACAGAAGGAUUGUACCCAGGACCCAGUGGUACUUCUUGUAUAGAUAUCGACGAAUGUAAGCAAAAUCCAAACAUCUGCGGCGCUGGGGAUUGCAUCAACACACUCGGCUCUUUCCACUGCAGAUGCGAGGAAGGAUAUUCGGUGAAGCCCGAAGGAGGACCUCAAUGUAGCGAUGAGGACGAAUGCUAUUUAGGAACAUACAAUUGCGAUGACAACGCUGAUUGCAUUAAUAAUCCUGGAUCUUAUCAAUGUCGCUGUCAAGAUGGCUUUACUGGAAACGGCAUCAAUUGUCGAGACAUCAACGAAUGUUUAACCAAUAAUGGCGGUUGUGACCAAAAUGCCCAAUGUAUUAACAACGACGGGUCGUUCAGGUGCGAAUGCGAUGCAGGCUUCAAAGGUGACGGAUAUACUUGCACAGAUAUUGACGAAUGUUCCAAUGAUCCCACUCUAUGCGAAAACGGCCAGUGCGUGAACUAUCCAGGAUCCUUCAGAUGCGAAUGUGAAAUGGGAUUCAUGCAUCCGCAGGAAGGCAACGAACAGUCUUGUGUUGACAUAAACGAAUGCGAAAUGUUCAACAACUUGUGCGUAUUUGGAAAAUGCGAAAACACAUUUGGGUUCUUCCGUUGCGAAUGUCACGAUGGUUACAAAUUGGACAGCUCAGGUGGAAAUUGCACAGAUAUCGAUGAAUGCGAGAGUCCGCAAUCUUGCCUUUACGGAGAAUGUACGAAUACAGACGGUAAUUUCAAGUGUAUUUGCCCCGCUCAUCACGAUUUGGUGUCCGAAGGAAACGCUUGCAUCGAUAGAAGAACCUCUAGGUGUUUCCUAGAAGUAGAUGGUUUCGGUAGAUGCUCGGCUCCUACGGCAGAUUACGUGACUAAAGCAUCUUGUUGUUGCUCAGUUGGGCAAGGAUGGGGUCCAAAUUGCGAAUUGUGUCCACCAUUAGAUAGUCCGGACUACCAACAGCUAUGUCCAGGCGGAAUGGGAUACAAACCGAAUGACGUUACAGUUGUUUUAGAGGAUAUAAAUGAAUGCGAGGAACAUAAAAACAUCUGCAAAAACGGCCAUUGCACGAACACUUUCGGAAGCUUCAUGUGCUCUUGCAACGAAGGCUACAGACUGGAUCCCACUGGAUUUAUGUGCAUCGAUGUUAACGAAUGUUUUGAAAAUCCGAAUAUUUGUAACGUUGGUGAGUGCGUCAACGAGCCCGGAAAGUACUACUGCCAGUGCCCCGAAGGCUACAUGCCUAUGCCUGGAAGGCGCGAAUGUGUGGAUAUGAGGAAAGACUUGUGCUACCUAAACUACAGCCGUUGGAGGUGCUCGACACCGAUGACGCAGAACCAAACGAAGAAAGUGUGUUGUUGUUCUAUGGGACAAGCCUGGGGUCAACCUUGUGAACCAUGUCCUUUGGCAGGCACCAGCGAGCACGUAGCCUUGUGUGGAGUGCGUCCUGGUCAAAUAGUUAAUCCCAUUACCAACGAAACAGUGGAAAUUGACGAAUGCGAAUUGAUGCCGUCAAUGUGCAAACACGGCCAAUGCCUCAACACACCUGGAAGCUUCGAGUGCAUGUGCAACAGAGGUUACAUUUACGACGAAAAUUCUCAUCAAUGCAUAGACGACAACGAGUGCCUACGCAAUCCUUGCGAAGGUAACGCUCAAUGCAUUAACCUCCCCGGUAGCUUCGAGUGCAAAUGUCCGGCUGGCUACAAGCAUGGAGCAACGUUUAUGGAUUGCGUCGAUAUCGACGAAUGCAUUGAGAAACCUAACGUGUGCCAAAACGGCGAUUGUAAAAAUUUGGAAGGCAGCUUCCAGUGCAUCUGCCCUACUGGUUACUUACUAACGUCUACAAGAGACACUUGCUUGGAUAUCGACGAAUGCCAGCGUCACCCAAACAUUUGCAACAACGGCAGUUGCCUGAACAUGGUCGGUCACUACAAGUGCCACUGCAACCAGGGCUUCAAAUUGAGCAACAACAACGACUGCGUGGACAUUGAUGAGUGCCACAUGAUGCCGUUUUUGUGCAGGAACGGUCGAUGCAGAAACACGCUUGGUUCUUUCUACUGCGAAUGCGCCAGUGGAUACGUUUUGACUCACGACAAGCAUAAUUGCAGAGACAUCGAUGAAUGCCAAGAGACACCUGGUGCUUGCCCACCACCAGGACGGUGCACCAACGUUAUGGGAUCAUUUGUAUGUUCGUGUCCUGAAGGAUACGAAUUGAGCGCUAUAACUGGAGUAUGCGAAGACAUUGACGAAUGCAUACUUAACGUAGGCAUUUGCGAAAACGGAAUAUGUACUAACACAGACGGUGGCGCUUUCUGCACUUGUCAAGAAGGGUUCAUAUUAGAUCAGCAUACAAUGAAAUGUAUCGAUGUCAGACAAGAGCAGUGUUACGACAGUUUCCACAGAGGACAGUGUCAGGAGCCGAGGGGUAUGAGCAUAACAGCCAAAGAGUGCUGUUGCUCUAAAGGAGCAGCUUGGGGACGUUACUGCGAACGUUGUCCUGCCGAAGGAUCAGCUGAAUUUUUGAAGAUGUGUCCCGAAGGACCAGGAAGGAUGGAUACUGGUAGCGAUUUGAAUGAAUGCGAGCUGAUGCCGAACGUCUGCGACGGUGGAGAUUGCGUUAACACGGAUGGAUCAUUCAGAUGCGAUUGUCCUUCAGGAUACGUACUAGAUAAUACCGGCAAAAACUGUAUCGAUGAUAACGAGUGCAUUUCGAAUCCCAAUAUUUGCGGUAACGGUACCUGCUCGAACGUCAUAGGCGGAUUCGAAUGCAACUGCAACGAUGGAUUUGCACCUGGUCCUUUACAAAUUUGCGAAGAUAUCAAUGAAUGCCAUGAGUUAGGAAACCAAUGUGCUUUUAGAUGCCAUAAUGUCCCAGGUUCCUUCAGAUGCAUUUGCCCUUACGGUUAUAAACUAGCUCCAGAUGGUCGCCAUUGCACAGAUGUGGAUGAGUGCAGCACACCAGCCAAUAACUGCAAAUUUAUGUGUAAAAAUUUGAUUGGGUCGUUUAUGUGUAUAUGUCCCGAGGGUUACAGUCAAAUAGACUACACAGACGAUUGCAUCGACAUUAACGAAUGCGAAAACCCUGAUUUGUGCCAUAACGGUAAAUGUCACAACUUACAAGGAAGUUACAGGUGCGAGUGCGAAAUUGGUUUCGACAUUAGCCCCGACGGCAAGAGGUGCAUCGACAGAAGACAAGGAAUGUGCUAUAGACAAUUGAUCAACGGCAGAUGCAAAGCUCCGCAUAAUGAACUGAAACUAUCGACAAUGGCUGAUUGUUGCUGUUCUAUGGGCGAGGCCUGGGGACCGCAGUGCGAACUUUGCCCAUCGAGAUAUACCCCACAAUAUCAGGAACUUUGCUUGGAUAGCGGAUUCCUGGUAGAUGGCAAGGACGUUAACGAAUGCGAGACUAUCCCGGAUUUGUGUCGCAAUGGACAAUGCAUAAACACUCUAGGCUCAUACAGAUGUAUUUGCAAUAAAGGAUAUAAACCUGACGCUUCUGGCCUCUACUGCUUAGAUAUUAACGAAUGCUACUCGAACACGUCACAUUGCCAAUUCCAUUGCCAUAACACAGAAGGAAGUUACACUUGCUCGUGCCCGCCUGGAUUUUUACUAAAUCCAGACAGUGUUACUUGCAGAGACCUGGAUGAAUGCGCCACCGGACAAAACAUCUGUCAACAGAAUUGCAUAAAUACAGAAGGAAGUUAUAAAUGUUCAUGCGAAGAUGGAUACAACCAAGUUGGAGACAAUUGUCAAGACAUAAACGAAUGCGAGGAACCAGGAAUUUGUCCAAAACCAGGAAGGUGUGCAAACACUUUAGGAAGUUUCAGAUGCAUAUGUCCCAGGAGAUUUAAAUUAGACAAAAGCGGUACCUACUGUAUUGACGUCGAUGAAUGUGCUGAUGAUUCUAAGUGCCAAGAAGGGUGCCAAAAUUUCGUUGGUGGUUACAAAUGCGGCUGUCCUCAAGGUUUCCGCAUGCAUCCUAACUACAAUCAAUGCGUUGACGAGGACGAAUGUCAAAGAGGUCCGUGCGGUGGUUCUGGAAGUUGCUACAAUACCUUAGGUGGUUAUAGAUGCGGUUGUCCCGAUGGUUAUCAAUUCGAUGCUGGUCUAAACGUUUGCAUACAGGUGAGCACCAGUUGCUCAGGUGCACCUUGCGCUUUCGGCUGCAACACUCAAGGCGCUGGUUACAUGUGCGGAUGUCCCAACGGAUACCAAAGAAUCGGGCGAGGUCACUGCCUGUCUACCAUCACACCAGCUUACACAGGUUACGGUCAAGAAAUUGGUGAUGUGCCGGUGUAUCCCAUCGACGAUGAUUCCUCGUCGAGCGGCAAAGAUAAAUUGAUUACCACGGAAGGAUGCUUCUCUUGUACAAUAAAUGGCAGGCAUAGAAGACAUUCGAGAAAUACCAAAUUGUCUCACAACGAAACACUAGAGCUUCUCGAAGGUUCGGCAGGUAAACGAAGAAUCAGAAGGCACAAACAUGCAGAGCACACCGAGGAAUUCGAAAUUAAGAUACAUUUGUCACAAACCAGGCACAGAACUAGAAUCAUUAAACUGCAACCUGCUGUAAAGACACCGAUGGUAUACAAAAUAACAAAAGGAAACGAUGACAAGAAGUUUGAGUUAAUCAAAAAGCACGGAGUGUGGGCUUUGCACUUCAAGAGGAGACUCAAACAUCCCGGAAGGUUCGAGCUGAUCAUACACGGUAAACCUGAGAGUAACGUUUUAGAUGCAGAAACGUAUGAACAGCCCAUCACAUUAAAAGUGAGAAUUAUCGUGACAGAUGAAAAAUAAACUGGAACACCAUCGCCCAUUUGUGGUUGAGAGAAACAUUAAAAACGAAUGUAUUUUUCGGAUAUUUUUGUUUCUUUCGUAAAAAAUGUUUUAUGUUAUGAAGCUUUUCGUAUUAAGGUGUUUGUAAAAAUAUAGAGAGCUAUAACCAUUAAGUGUAUUUUAAUAGUUUUGUUAAAUUAAGAUAAAAAUUGAAUUAGAUUAAUUGAACUCUCUGUAAUUUUACAUAUACGAGAACUUGUUGUAGCAAGCAAAUUCAUUUGUGAUAUUAAAAUAUUGCCAUAAUUAAAUAUCACUGCCAAAAUUUUUUCGAGAAAAGAUAUUUUUCUACAAAUGUAUAAAAAAAUAAUUAAUACUGCCGUAUCAUGUAAACAUAGAAUUAUUUGUUAAAUAAACUAACCAAAAUAUAUUUGACUUAUAAAUUUUAUUUUUUUUUCUAAACCAAAAUUCGAUAGUAGUUGUAAAGUAUUAAUAGUCUAUUUUUAUGAAUCUAAGCGUAGAGUAAUUACGCUAAAUAAAUGAAAUAUAUUUAUGAAUUUAUUUAAGUAUUUAAUUAGUUACCUCAGAUAUUGUUUCGAUUGAUUUGUAAUAUACAUUGCUUUAAAAAUAAAUUUGUUCCUAAGUACA